AUGUCGAUUAAGAAAUUCGUGGCGUCUAAAACUGUCGAUGUCGAUAACAGAGUACUGACAAAAGAAGAUAACGAAAAUGAAAUCGACGAACCAAAUAAGUCCACUUUUGAUAACUUUAUUCAAGGGCUGCACAAUAUUGACACGGCGAUGGAAGCGAUGAUCGAUAAUUACACAGAUGGGGUUGAGCAUUUGAGCGAAGAAAACGCGUUGCAGGAUAUAGACGAUUUUAAAUUGGACAAGAUGGAACAUGUGCGCAAGGAYGAAUCAGUGAUCGGAAGCUAAUAAUAUUCACGAUAAUCGCAAUACAAACAAUGAUAACAUAAAAAUAUAUUUCUACCACUAAAACAUUAUAUAAUUAUGUAAAACGUCGUAGUAAUUUAAUUAAGCGCACAUUUUCACGAGCAUAAACGCAUUGUAGUAGAUAUAAUUUGACGUCGACCGCACAUUAUUAUGUUUCGUUCACACCUGUGGAAUAUAAUUCA